GCAGCAGAGCAGCGGCGAUUUAGGGGGUCUUAUAAAUACGAAGCGCUCUCGCCGGUGCCAAACACAGUCAUGGCGGCAGUCGGAGCGGCACCACUGCUCUUCCAACAGCAGGCGCAGGCGGUGGGCGACGGCUGCUACUUCUCUUUCAUGUCCUCCUACUUCUCCCACGGGGAAGUCAGCUCGAACGCCUCCAGCCCGGCGUCCAGCUUCUCCGCCGCGCUCGGCGCCACGCCGCCCGCUGCACCGGCGAUCGCCGCCGACCCUGCGGAGCAGUUCGACAUCUCCGAGUACCUCUUCGACGAGGGCGUGUUCUCGGAGUCGCUCCCGCCCGUCAUCUCCGUGCCAGCCGUUGGCGUGGCUGCUGCAAGUUCGGCGUCCGCGGUGACUGCGAGGAGCGCCGAGUCGGUGGAGCGGCCGCGGACGGAGCGCAUCGCGUUCCGGACUCGGUCGGAGAUCGAGAUCCUCGACGACGGCUACAAGUGGCGCAAGUACGGCAAGAAGUCCGUCAAGAACAGCCCCAACCCAAGAAACUACUACCGGUGCUCGACGGAAGGGUGCAGCGUGAAGAAGCGGGUGGAGCGGGACCGGGACGACCCGGCGUACGUGGUGACCACGUACGAGGGCACGCACAGCCACGUCAGCCCCAGCACCGUCUACUACGCCAGCCAGGACGCCGCCUCCGGCCGCUUCUUCGUCGCCGGCACGCACCCGCCGCCAGGCUCACUGAACUAGCUCGUGCUUCGCAAACCCCGCAUCAAUGGUGUACGCCGCUCCAAGCUCGAGGACGACAACCGGACAGGAGUUUGGCCAAGCACAUACUAAUAUUCUUCUGCAUGUGCUGCCCGGACGGUCGACAUCGUUCAUCCCAACUGAAAAAGCCGGAGCCAUGUGGAACAUGAUUGAGAAAACAAAUGGUCCUCGUUGUGGAAGAAGAUGCUCCGUGUAUUGAGGAUAGAAAAUGAUCUUCCAUGAGGACUUCGAAACGUAAAAGGAUUGAGGAUAGAAAAUGAUCUUCCAUGAGGAAGAUCAGAUGCUCCACUAUACUAACAAUGUAAAAACAAUGUCAGCUGGAUGGCCUAUGAAGGGGAACAUGAUUCAUAUGAUGGCAAAUGAUAUUUGAUCGGGAAAAAAAUAUCACUGUACUAAGUAAACGUCCGUCUCUAAGGAAGCCAUAUGCAGGAUAA